AUGUCUCCAACCACCAUGAAGGCCAUCCAAAUCCGGCAAUACAAUGAGCCCUACCAAGUAUCCGAAGUGCCCGUUCCAAAACCAAAGCCUCAUCAAGUUCUGGUACGCAUAAAGGCUGCCGGAUUCUGUCACACAGAUCUCAUGGCACUCAACAAUGAAUUUAACUCCCCUUUGCCAUUUAUUGGGUCGCACGAGCCUGCUGGUAUUAUCGAAGAGGUAGGCUCGGAUGUGAAGGAUUUCCGUCGGGGAGAUAGGGUUGGUUGUAUCAAUUUUGAUAGUGUCUGUGGAGAAUGCGCGGAUUGCAAGGCUGGUCUGCCUAUCUACUGCGACGCCCCUCUAAUGAAGGGGUUGACGACCGACGGGGGCUGGGCUGAAUAUAUGGUUGCAGAUGCCCGCUUCAUUGUGAAGAUACCCGAUGAAAUGGAAUUCAAGGUAGCAGCUCCAUUAAUGUGCGCCGGCAUUAGUAUCUAUGGAGGCAUUGUUCGAGCAAAUGUCCCAAGAGGCGGCUCGAUUGGUAUCGUUGGUAUCGGGGGACUUGGUCAUAUUGGAACACAAAUCGCAAAGUCCAUGGGCUACAAAGUCGCAGCUAUUGAUGUCAAACAAUCUGCAUUGGACGCCGUCUCAGCUUACGAGUAUAAGCCCGAUGCCCUCAUUUUGGCCACUGAUCCGAUCGAGAAAUCCAUGGCAUCUAUCGAUAAGAUCAUUUCUUCCAAUUACCGUGGACUUGAUGCCACUGUACUUGCAACUGAUAGCCCUCCUGCAUUCGAGCUGGCGGCAGCUCUCACUAGGAAGCAUGGGACUAUGGUUCUUUUGGGACAACCAGAGAAGGGGAUCACAAUGUCGUAUAACACGACCAUUUACAAGGAUAUUACAUUGGUCGGAUCCUUGGUCGCUGAUACCGCUCAAGCACAGGAGCUUGUUGCCUUAUUUGAUGAAAAGAAGCUGCAUGUUGAGGUCAAAGAGUGGAGGUUGGAGGAGGCAGAAAAGAUGAAACAAGACUAUCUUUCCGGAGCUGGAAACGGAAAGAAUGUGGUUAUCAUUGAUUAG